AUGACCAAGUUCACUAAUCUAGCAGGCCUGUGCCUGCUGAUGUGCCAGCUGGCAACUGCCUCCAAGAUGGCGUGUUACUUCACCAACUGGUCCCAGUACAGACCUGGGACUGGGAAAUACAUGCCCCAAAAUGUGGAUCCCUUCCUGUGCACCCAUCUGAUUUAUGCUUUCUCCAUCAUCAAUAACAAAAAUGAGCUGGUUACCUAUGAAUGGAAUGACGAGACCUUGUACAAGACCUUCAAUGGCCUGAAGAGCAAGAACCCCAGUCUGAAGACCUUACUGGCUGUUGGUGGAUGGAACUUUGGCUCUGCUCAGUUCUCCAUCGUGGUGUCCUCUCCAGCCAACCGUCAGACGUUCAUCCAGUCUUCUAUCAAAUUCCUGAGGACUCAUGGCUUUGAUGGUCUAGAUCUGGACUGGGAGUACCCUGGAUCUCGUGGCAGUCCACCACAGGACAAGAAGAGAUUCAGUCUGCUCUGUAAGGAACUUGUUGAAGCAUACGCAGCUGAGGCCAAGGCCACCGGAAGGCCCCAGCUUAUGCUGACUGCUGCAGUGUCUGCUGGAAAGGGAACCAUUGACGCUGGAUAUGAGAUUGCUGAGAUUGCCAAGCACCUGGACUUCAUUAAUGUGAUGACCUAUGACUUCCACGGAGCUUGGGAGCGAUUCACUGGACACAACAGCCCACUGUGGGCUCCACAAUGA